UCCAAUAAUUGUAAUAAUAAUCACAAUUCCAUGGGAUUUAAACUACCCGUCAUAAAGAUUUCAAAUUUCGACGGCAGCUACUUUAAAUGGUUGGAAUUUCGAGACUCAUUUUGUUCUCUCAUUGAUCAAAACAACAAAAUUGAACCAAUACAUAAGUUUUAUUAUUUAAAUUCUUAUCUUGAAGGGGAGGCCUCUCGCGUUAUCAGCAACCUGGAAAUUAGCUCGGCCAACUAUAAGGUGGCAUGGGAGCUUCUUUGCGAGAGGUAUAAUAACAUCAAGCAUCUCAAAAGCCAUCAUUUGCAUGCGUUAUGUAACAUGCAACAGCAACGCGAUUCAGCAAAGAGCUUAAGCCUCGCCUGCGUCUUCUUCUGUGGCGUGUGUUCUGUGCAACGGCAGCCAUCGCUUGUACGACUGUGAUUCGUUCCUUGGAAAGCCGGUUGACGAGCGUAUCGCCGAUGUGGUGCGGUUGAAGCUGUGCUUCAACUGUCUGCGCAAAGGUCACUCUUCUCGUCAAUGCAGGUUACGCCCUUGUUCUUCUUGUAAACAGCGACAUAAUUCUCUGUUGCACAAGGGUGGUUCUCAGGCUGUAAGUACUUCCGAAACACACGCGAUCAUAACUACAGCAGAAAAUGAGGUUGAGGGGGAUCAUGAUGACAAUGUCAUGAGUAUGUCAGUCUCAGUUAACAACCACGUAUUGCUUUCAACAGCGUUAAUAGAAGUUUAUAAUUCAAGCUCAAAUAAGCGUCUAACAAUUCGAGCGCUGCUAGACAGCGGGAGUCAAACGUCUUUAAUAACCAGUAAGGUAAAAAAUGAAUUAAACUUGACUCCUCAGCCAUCCAGGCUUGCUAUUGUAGGUGUAGGUAAUCAGCCUUU